AUAUAUACUUUACUUACUUCAUAUACUGAAGGCAAUAAUAAACAAAUCCAUAAUGGCGUCAGAAACAAUAACAGAUAUGAAGGGUAACAUUGUAAAGAUGGAGGUGGAUUACAGCGAAACCUGUGACAAAAAGAUUCCAGAGUGUGAAGAAAUGGCUAAGAGUGGAAAGUUAAUUGAAGCUUUGGAAGCUCUAUUAUCUUUGGAGAAACAGACUAGAACUGCUGCAGACAUGUUUUCCACCAGCAGAAUCCUUGUUGCAGUUAUCAAAAUCUGCUAUUCAAAUAAUAAUUUAGAUAUGUUAACCGAACACUUAGUUGUCUUAACAAAGAGGAGAGGACAGCUCAAGCAGGCCGUAACUAAAAUGGUUCAAGAAGCAUGUACAUAUGUUGACGAUAUUGAGAAUAAAGAAAAUAAAUUAAAACUUAUUGACACGCUACGUACAGUUACAGCAGGAAAGAUAUAUUUAGAAUUAGAACGCGCCAGAAUCACUCGGAAAUUAGCUGUUAUUAAAGAGAAUGAUGGUGAUAUUACUGAAGCUGCAAAUAUUCUACAAGAACUUCAAGUUGAAACUUAUGGUUCAAUGGAGAAGCGAGAGAAAGUGGAAUAUAUCCUAGAGCAGAUGAGAUUGUGUUUAGCGAAAAAAGAUUUUAUACGAACGCAGAUCAUUAGCAAAAAAGUCAGCAUUAAAUUUUUUGAAGAUGAAAAGCAACAGGACUUGAAAUUAAAAUAUUACCAAUUAAUGAUCGAGUUAUGUCAUCAGGACGGCAAAUAUUUACCUAUCUGUCGUCACUAUAACGCUGUGUACUCCACACCAUGCAUACAAGAAGAUCAAGACAAAAUGAAAGAGGCUUUGCGGAAUGUGGUUUUGUAUGUUAUCCUUUCACCUCACGACAACGAGCAAGCCGACUUCUUAGCUAGAAUUUCCCAAGAAGCAAAGUUAGAAGAAAUUUCUUUGUUCAAAUCUAUUCUAAAGAACUUCACUACUGCUGAAUUGAUUGAUUGGACGCGCUUCAAAGAGAUGUAUGAGAAGGAACUUUGCGAGGGCUCAGCAGAUAAUCCAGCUACUAACGUGUUUAACAAAACAACGGAGGAUGGGAAGAAAAGAUGGGAUGACUUAAAAAAGAGAGUAGUCGAACAUAACAUCAGAGUAAUGGAAAAAUAUUAUACACAAAUCACGAUGCAAAAAAUGGCGCAUUUACUCGAUUUGUCUGUCGAGGAUUCAGAAAAGUUUUUAUCUGAUUUGGUCACUUCAAAGACUGUGUUCGCGAAAAUAGAUCGACCGGCCGGUAUCGUUGUUUUUCGACCUCCUAAAGAAGCAGGCGACACUUUGAAUGAAUGGUCGCGUGAUAUCUCGGAAUUGAUGAAUCUGUUGAACAAAACGACGCAUUUGAUCACGAAGGAGAAAAUGGUACAUCAGUUGUUAAAUUGAUGUGUAUGACUGAUUUUGUGUGACUGUAAUCUCUCUCAUUCAGUUUUGUAUCUUUAUCUGUAAGAAAGUUAAUUAUUGUCGUGACGACAACAA